AUGAAGUGUUAUGGCCAUCGAACAUUGUUAACAUCACGUGGGAAAAUUUUUUGUAUAUUCUAUGCCAUAUUGGGUAUUCCCAUGUCAUUGAUUAUGUUUCAAUCAGCUGGUGAACGUUUAAAUUCUAUAUUGACUUAUGUUUUAACAAGGCUAAAACGUUUGUUUAAUAAGAAGUCAACAAAAAUUACCGAUGGCGAAUUACUCGUUGCUGAAACGCUAUUAUCAGUUAUUACGCUUUUGAUUGGAGCAUUCGUAUUUUCAAGAUAUGAGGAUUGGACAUUUUUUGACUCGUUCUAUUAUGGUUUCAUUACAUUAACAACAAUUGGAUUUGGAGACUUUGUUGUAAUGCAAAAAGAUCGUGAUGGUAAAUUUUGGUCUAAAGUUGAAUAUUUUAUUUUUUGUAUGACAUUCAUUUUUUUCGGUUUAACUCUUUUGGCAUCGUCCAUGAAUUUACUCGUAUUACGUUUAGUCGCAUUUUACAGUGAAGAACGAUUACUCGAACGUAUUCGACAAGAAGAACAAGCGAGACAAGCUGUUCUUCUCAAAGGUGAUGUUAUUUGUAGUGCAAAUAAAGGUGGACCAGAUGGAAGUGCGUCUGGUAAACAAGAUCAAAGAGAACAACCAGAGACACUUUAUGAUAGUAGAACGUCAGUAUGUUCUUGUACGUGUUUCGAUACUUAUUACGAAAGACGACAUAAAAUAAAAAAACGUCAGAAACGAUCAAAAAAUACCAAACAUCACAAUGGUGGUAUGAAACUAAUGAAAUCGUCCGAUUCAACAUCGUCAAUAAGAUUUAUUGUACAAUCACGGAGAAGUUCAGUGUGA